AUGCUGGUUUCUUUGGUUCUUUUUUGGAUUUGUAUCUUGCUCUUCGUCUUCAUCAGAAUCCAGAGGCCCAAGAACUUCCCUCCUGGACCACGACCGCUACCUAUAUUUAGGAACCUGUUUCACCUGAUUACCUCCAAUCCUUUGAAAGCUAUUUUUUGGUUGACUCAGCGCUAUGGGAAUGUUUACAGCCUGUAUAUUGGAGGAAGACUGGCAGUGGUUCUUAAUGGUUUGAAGGCUGUAAAGGAGGCUUUGGUAACCAAUGCUGUGGACUUUUCUGGACGCCCAGAGAACUCCUUAACCAACCAUUUAUCGAAAGGCAAAGGAGUCAUAUUUGCUGACUAUGGCCCUUCAUGGAAGGAGCACCGUUGCUUUGCCCUCAUGACCCUGAGGAACUUUGGCCUGGGGAAGCAGUCUAUGGAGAAGAGGAUUCUGGGAGAGGCUGAACACAUUGUUGCACGCUUGGAGAAAUGUUCUGGAGGCUCCAUGAAUGCUAAGACUUUGUUCCAUGAUGCUGCAUCAAAUAUUAUCUACUUGGUUUUAUUUGGCACUCGUCUUGACUAUGAGGACAAAACCCAUAAAGACUUUAUUCGAUGUGUCACUGAAAACUCAAAGAUUAGCAAUGGACCUUGGGGAAUGAAAGUAGGUGGUCGAUCCUUCUUUGAUGAGAAACAACUCAUGAGGUAUGUGGUAGACCUGCAGUUUGCUGGGAUAGACACCACCUCCAACACUCUCCUAACAGCAUUCCUCUACCUCAUGACUCAACCAGGCAUUCAAGAGGAUUGUGCAUCAUUAAGUGUUAUCAUCCUGUAG